GUUACGAUAACUUUUGCCUCUUUAUCAGUGUCUUCACAUCACGACAACAGGAUCUACAAACAAGUUUCAACUUGCAAAAUGAGUGCUCCAGUGAGUUAUUAUAAUCAAAUCUCUAAUAUGAUGUUCGGUUUCGGCGAUUCUCACAUCCCCAACCCUGAUACAGUUAGUUUGGUGGAAAACAUAACAUUAAAUCAAAUGCGUCUCAUUGUUGAGGAGGCAAUUAAAGUGCAAACCAUCUGCAGUGACCCUGAAGCACCGCCAGAAGAUAAGAAAACACUAUCUGGUGAGGAACUCGUAUUUCUAAUGCGUAAAGACAAGUAUAAAAUGCGACGGUUUCUUAAGUAUCUGUAUAGUCAAAUGCAGAAACAUGUGCAUAGCAACUUUGCGCAGCCAGUGCCAGUACAAGCACCACCGAAACACAAUAAACUCAUUGAAUUUAUAGAAUAUAUUGAUGAAACCGGUGAAUUGACUGAUCUUUCUGAGUAUGAUGAAGUGAAAUAUGAAAGAAUGGUCAGGGCAGACAGAAUGUCACUUGCAUUAGGUGAAGAAGCAUAUAUGAAGUUCUACAAGGCAAGAUGCUCUUCAUUUAUGCAGAAAUCCAUGUCACAGAUCAGGAAUUUUGAGAGAUUGAAGCAGUGGAUUGAUCCAGGCAACACUGUUAAUUUCACCAAUGAUGCUCUCAAUGUUCUUUCUUAUUAUGCAUAUGAAACAGUUGCACUUAUAAUUGACUAUGCAUUAUUAGUGAGGUUGGAUCACAACAGAAAAGCAGAUCCAUUAGAAAAUCUUCAAGGAACACAUUAUUCUGCUGAUAUGUUUAAAGGUGAACAAUUUAACGGACCGAAUCCUGACUACAGUAGAGUUUACAGUGGCCAAGCACCGAUCAGCGUCAACGAAAUAAAAGAAGUUAUGAGAAGGUUGUAUAUGCCUCAGGCUGGUAUUUGCUUAUUAGGUAAGAAAAUGCCUUCCUCAAGAACUAUAAUUGUUGUUUAA